AUGAAGCUUUUUCCCAUUUUUCUUUUCGCCUUUUCUUUUUCACAAGAUGAUACUACUACGACAAGAGCAACAACCACUACAGAAAAGACAACUACGACAACCACUGCAGAAAAAACAACUACGUCAACAACAACAACAAUAACAACAACAACAAAGUCAGAUGAUCAAACAGAGAAACAAACAACUACCACAACGACUGCGACAACAACUUCUACCACGACAACCACAACCACAACCACACAGACUUUCGAGCCACAUGAGAUGACGAUCCCUGAGCAGAAAUGUUGGAUGACAGAAUUGGAAAGCUACGCAACAGGAUUCUGCAUCAAAAAUACUCAGCCGCAUCAUUGCAAUUUUGACGAAACACAGCCAAUCUACCCGCCGAUUGUCACGCAUAUAGGCUGCAAAGAAGAACUGAUGAGUGGAGUUUCGAGAUUGGGAAUUUCAGUUUUCUUCACUUGUCUUUCGAUCCUCAUCGUCAUCUUCAUCAACUGGCGAUAUGAAGAAAUCAUAUCUUCGAAAGCGUACACCUAUGCUCGAGUGGCCUUGAUUCUUCUUGUUUCUGUAACGAUCGUGGCGACCUUCAUUGGAAUGAAAAAUAAUGAGCCGCUUCAUCGAAGAGUCCCUUCAGGAAUUUUCUCUGCCGUUAUGAGCGCUUUCUCUGUCCUCCCUGCUGGAUACAUGAUGUUUUUGCGAGCCGAAGCAAGACAUGUAUAG